AUGUUCAGCUCGACGUGGGCUUCCUCCGCACCCAGCGCCCCGACAGCCCCACAAGCGCUUCUAGACCCUUAUGAUCUUGCAGAAGAGUACGGUGCAGAGGCUGCUGCUAAGUUGUCGCGUAGCUUACAAUGUCUGGAGACCGCAGGGUUCCCCAAGGCGCACGUGAACUCGUACAGCGCGUUUGACCGCGUUCUCAGCGGCAUUACGUGGCUAUUACAGCGAAUUGUCAAGAGAGAAGACGCUGAGAAGGGCAGAGUGCAAUGGGACGUACUAUUUCAAUCCCACGACAAGAUGAAGCCUCGAUUGGGGCUUGCACAGGAGGCAGUACGUUGCAUCGAGGCUCUUAGCUACACCUGCCCCGUGUGUAUCCAGCCGCAUCAGUUGCUGCUUCAAGACUUCGGAGACAUUGAAACAGUACAGAAACUCGUACUGUGGCUAAUCGAAGAGGAGAAUGAAACUCAACAUUUGCACAAAAUCCGUCGGGAGAGAGCGUAUCUGCAAGCUAUGAGCCCACAACAAGAAAGGAAACUUGUCACACCGCUCAAGAAAGAGGUCCAGUUUCUAAUGGAUGCAUAUGCACCUAAACGGCGCUGGCAAUAUGUCGCAGCUGAAGGGGAAAUUGAGGAGAAUGAGGAUGCGUUGAUCCAAAGAUGUUUGUUAGAGUACGGCGAGAGAGUUACCGUCGCUACCGACGAAGAACCGAUGAUAGAGACAAAGCCAGAAGGAAAAUACCAAGUUGCCUUUUUGGCUCAAAUAGCGAGUCAAGCUGCUGCAGUCGCUGUAAGUGGCGCCAAGCCAAAAGGAGGGAGUAUGCGAGGCUUGAGAAGGACAAAGAAAAGCGAUCCACAUUUUGACCGACAGUACCAAAAAGCAAUGAAACAAGCAAAAGAGGAACAACAGACAUUGCUAAAUCAACGUCGUGAACGCGAGGCAAUGUUGCUGCAAAACGUAGAGCACGAGCUGCAAGUGCAACAACUGAUCGAAGAGAAGAAAACUUUGGACGAUCAGACGAAAGAGAGUACAGUACGAGCUGCAGCUUUGGACGAGGCACUCUCUGCUUGUAAGCAACAGUUGACGGAAGUGGAAGCGCAGACACCAAAGGACGAGGAUGCACAAGCACAUCUGAUUAAACUACGCCAACUAGUUAUGAAAAACGAGACUCUUAAACGUGAGAAGAACGAGUUCCAAACCAAGUGUCGUCUUGAACUGGAAGCACUAAAAGAACGCGUUGAAAAGUUAAAACUGCAAGUAGCAGAAGACGCUAGUAACCAGGACGAAGAAGCUCAGCGUCUUAAUGAAAUUGAGCAGAUGCACGCUCAGAUGGCUCAGAAACACAGGGAUAUGAUGGUCGUAGCGGCAAAACAGACACGAGCGCUGCAUCUUACAAUGAAGCAGAUCGACGAGAUCCCGACGCGGAUUGAGCUGGUGCAAUAUGAGAAGCGCUUCCUCGAGCUUUAUGACGAGGUAGCGUUGACACUCGAUGAAACUCGCAAGUAUUACUGCGUCUACAAUACUCUCAAGACCACACAUGACUUUCUAGAGAAGGAGAUCUCGCUCAUCAACAGCAUCAACGAUAACUUUGGCGUUGCGAUGGGCUCCAAGACAGCUACACAAGCUUUCUUCAUGCAAAUCGACAACAUUAUUCAGAAUGUACAAGGCACUGUCACCAAGCAGCAGAAUGCGCGAGACGAUCACCAAGGGAGCGUGGAGACGCUGGAUAGUAAAUAUCAGCUGCUGCUUGAACAGGAACGCAUGUACGUGAAUGCCAUUCGAGAGUUCCAGAAAGAAUGCGAGAAGAAUGAAAAACUGGUAGCUCAGUUGACGCAGCAGUAG